AUGGCCAGACCGACCUCAACCCAGCAACCGCCCGAACCAUCAGCAGUAUCCAAGCUGAUAGAUAGCUCCGGUGUGGAGACCGCAUCCGAAGCCGUCGCCCUCGAGAUCCUCCACAAUCUACGGUAUCAGCACGACUGGACCGAUCUCCGAUUACACGUCAUCCACAUCCAUGACCGUCCAAAACCAGGACAGGCAUCUGGGUUGGGACUGGGCUCUGGAGCAGGACUGAGCAAUCACGACGACGACGAAGACGGCGCAAACACAACGUCUACUUCCACAAUGAUCAAUCUCGAAAGCGACAGCUACCUAUCCCAACACCACCACCAGCAACAUCGCCAGACUACCACAUCCACAUCCACACCUACAUCAAUACCCAUACUGAACCACGAAGCACUCAGCUCGAGCAACGUCGUACAACUCAUCUCGGGUCUCCCACCACGCCACAGCUACAUCCACCCGGACCUGCAGCUGCAUUUGGUGAAGCACUCGAUCCCAGAGGCCUCACUGCCGGUGCAACGCGAGUUCGUGCUGCCGCUGAGCACGGCCGACCCGUGGACGCUGCGACGCUUCUGCGCCGUGUUUGAUGCGCUGUCGGAGCGUGCCACGGUCGUCGUGAACGCUGAUCAUAGUCCUGGCCCUCCUCCUGCUGUCGCUGGUGUUGGCGGUGGUGCAGCGACGAGAGUCAAUGGGACUGCGAAUCGGGCGAGACCAAUACCCCUGCACGAGCACAAAGACCAGAAACGCGUGUUGUUGGGCAUGCGGGCGCGAGAAGGCCGUGGUGGUGAUGGCACGGUCGUCUACUAUAUCAUGCAGGAAGGGGAGGUCAAGCCGCGACAGAACGGCUGA